AUGGCUAAAAGUAGGAGAGAGCAACAACAAGAACACCACCAGCCUCUUGUGGACUCUUCUUGUUAUGGACUUGCUUGGUAUCAAAACCCCAUCCUUAAUGGUACUAGAAACAGUACAAACUCAAGAGAUAUGAAGCAACACAUAAAUCAUAGCAUAGAUCUCGUUCCUCCUCCCACUGUGCAAGACUUAGGAUUACCCUUGAGUACGAUGGAAAGUUUCAUGGCUCAUGAACUGCAAUAUCUUGCAAGAAUCAAGGACGAACUCUCACUCUCGAGAUCUUAUCCAGGACUCUCAGAAAUGAUCAUAAGCAGCAGCCCAACAUCCAGCAUCGAAGAUUUACACUUACACCCAUCCCCAACCUACAUGUCAAAGAAUGAUCAUCAACGGAUUGGAUACGACAAUGAUAACAAUCAAGAGAUAUUUCUCAAAACUUUUUCAAAUGGGUGCCAAAUAAAAAGUGAUCAUCAGCAUAUGAAUCAAAUACCCUUUUUGGAGGAAUCGGUGUCAUAUUCUGAUGAUACUAAUAGUUGUUAUAGAGGGACCUUUAGCCAGAUUCUUCCAACUAUAAAUAUUUCGAGUUUGAAUCAAUCAUCAACACCACCAUUGGCAAUUUCCUCAAGCUCUUUUGAUAUCAACUUGCCAGCUUUAGAUCCUUUUCGCUCUCCAACAUUUGAUGGGAGUUUUAGCUAUCAACCUUCUUCCCUAAAUAUUCAUAAUCUUGGAGGCCUUUUAAAAGACAAUUGUUUCUCUUAUGGUCUUGACCAAAUGCAUCAGCCAAAUCACAGCCAAGCCGUUUGUCAUAGCAAGGUAUUACCACCCUUCAUCGUCGAAACUACAGAAGCGAAAAGGUCAGCCAGCAAUUAUAUGGAUGCAAAGGUCAUUAAAGCAACUCCACCCAAGAAAUCAAAACUGGAGUUGCGCCCUUCUUGCGCACCCUUGAAGGUUAGAAAGGAGAAAUUAGGCGAUAGAAUAUCUGCUCUUCAGCAAAUGGUAGCACCUUUCGGCAAGACAGAUACUGCAUCAGUGCUAAUGGAAGCCAUUGGAUAUAUCAAGUUUCUGCAGAACCAAGUUGAGACGUUAAGCGUGCCAUACAUGAACUCAACACAAAAGGUCACUAGAACAUUGACACGAGGGGAUUCAAAAAAAAAUGGAAAUGAAGAGAUGAAGAGGGAUCUUAGAAGUCGAGGGUUGUGCCUAGUGCCAUUAUCGUGUUUGUCAUAUGUCACAUACGGAGGUGGAAACAUUUGGGCAACCCCCUAGCUAAUAAGUUUGAUGGGAUUAUUAGCUCAUUAUUGACUUGAGUCCUGAGUGACGAGCAUAUUGAGCAUGGGAAAUUAUAUAUGUGGCUUUAGAUCGAUUGUUUAAUUUAUCUCUACUUUUUUGUUAAUAAAACGGAGCAGAUUUGGUAGUCUUGUAAAAGAUAUAAACGAGGAUGCACCAUGUUUGAUCCAUAUAGCCAUGUAUCCAAUUUUUUUCUCGAA